AUGCCAAGGUUGGAACUGCAGGCUGCAGUCUUGGCUACUCGAUUAUCAAAGCUGGUGGUGGACAGACAUGACAUAAACAUAAGCCGUAUAGUAUUUUGGACUGAUUCUAUAACCGUUCUUUGUUGGGUAAAUUCAAGAAAUCGCCGAUUCAAACCAUUUGUUGGGCAUCGUAUAGCUGAAAUAUUGACCUCAACGAAAGAAGACCAAUGGAGAUGGGUGCCAACUAAGAUGAACCCUUCUAACGCUGCAACAAGAGCCAAAGAGGUGCCUAAAAUAAACAAUGGCAACAUUUGGUUAAAAGGGCCAACCUUUUUACGUCAAGAACAAAAUAGCUGGCCAAAUGCUACAUUUUCGUUUUAUACUGACAUGCCAGAAGAAGAGAUUACGACACCGAUAUUACUACAAUAUCAGGCCAGUGAAACAUUGAUAGAAUUUACCCGUUUCAGUUCAUUUUUUAGACUUAAACGUUCUGUUGCCUGGUUCCUAAGAGCUGUUCAAAUAUUCCGUAGAAAACGAGAUCCACUAUUUAUGGAAGAGUGUAAUAAUUUGCAGUCGUUGCCACCGUUAUUACCAAGUGAAAUAAAUGAAGCCGAAAAAUUUAUAAUGCAACUGGUACAGGAGGAUUGUUUCUGA